CGGAUGACGUUUAACGCUGACUUCUUCUAUCUGAGCAAUAGCUAAUUUCAUGCGAUCAAAAAAACUUUUACAGAGAAAAUUUUUCUAAAAGAGAACAAACAGUAAAAACUAUAUCAACCCCUUUCAUAAGUGUGAGCAAGAAAGCAACAUAAUUAUAUACUCAUUCAUUUUCGAAUGAUCUAAAAUAAAAAUUUUGUGAGUGUAGUAUUAUAUUCAUUACCAUACUCUCAUGAAUAAAAAAAAGGAAGAAAUAGAAAAUUUGUUUGUGGACUCUCAUUUAUCUAGAACAUUGAAGUCGGCGAGUCGAGUUUUUAGAUUUUUUUCAAUUUUUUUUUUCUUACAUUUCUUUGUUCUUUUUUUUAAAUUGUUAUAAUAGUUAACAUAUUAAAUUAAAUAAUAAGAAAUAAAUCAAUGAUCCAUAAGAUAACAACUGUCAAAUCAGUGUUAAUCAAAAAAAAAAAUUAUAACAACGUGAAUAUUUUCGCAAAUAUAUUCACAGUGGGUGGAUAUAACAAAGUGUCAUCAUAAUAUGAUUGAAAAAACUAUAAAACUUCAAAUCGAUAUUGAUGAAGUUAAUAAUAUAAGUUCAAAUAAUACAAGCUUAAGUACAAGUUCAAAUAGUUUAAAUAAUAUACCAAUACAACAACAACAACAACAACAACAUUUAAAACCCAUAAAACAAAAACAAGAUAUAAAACAUUCUACUACUAAUUCGAAUGUAAAAUCGAAUAUAUUUGACAGCAACUCAUGUAACCGGCAUAAUUUACAAGUAGAUUCGAAUAAUAAUAAUAAUAAUAAUUUUCGAAAUUCAUCAAAUAAUGUGACUAUAUUAAACACAUCAAGUGCGACAAAGGCAACAAUAAAUAAAUGCAAUAACAAUAAUAAUAUUAUUAAUAAUAACAAUAAUAUAAAUUUAAAUAAUUCACGUCGCCGGCGUAAUCAACAGGAAAUACGUAAAAAUAAACGUGCUCACCGCCAUCUACUGACAAGUAGCGGUGCUACACCAAAACCAACAGCAGUUGCACCAACAUCACAAAACCAAAAUACCAAUUGUCAGAAACGUCAAAAAAAGAAAAAGACAAAACGAAAAACUGACAGCGAAAAUAGUAAAAGUGGAAGCAGUCAUCACCAUCUACAAAACGAACAGCAGCUGCGCCAGCAGCAACAGCAAACCAACAGUCAUCCAAAUCGUAACUGCAAAUCUUCUUCCUCCACAACUAAUCAACCUCGCAACAGUAAUAAUAAAAACAAUAAAUUAAUACAAAAUAAUUGGAAUAAUAAUCGAUUAAGUGAAUGCGAUGAUUCGGCAACAAUUGUAUCAGUGAUAUCUUCUCAAUGGUGUUCAAUUGAGGAACGUUUAAAUUUACUCGAUAAACUUUUGUAUUGUGAUGAAUUUGAUGACGAUAAUUAUUCAACAAUUAGCAGCGAAUGUUACAAAGACGACGACGACAACAACGACGACGACAACAUAAUAAUGAGUGAUCAUAGUGGCAGCGGGCAAAUGCCAAUGAAGCGCCGUGGUCACCAGCAUCAUCCCAGAUUUGCUGGCCAACGUCGUUCCAAUGUUCCAGUUGAAGAGAUUUUGGCUGCUUUACGUCGCGGCGAUAGUGUUGGUGAACUGUCAAAUUUAUCAUCCACAACAUCUACAAGUACUACAACAACAGCUGAUUCCCAAGUGACGUCAUUAAAUACAGGAUCCACCUCAACAUUAGAUACUUUAAGUCAUUUUGGUGAUGUCGAUGUUGAGACAGAUGAAUUAGGUAGAUGCUUAUCACCGAUUGACCUUCCUUAUGAUAAUAAUAAUACUGAAACAACAACAACAAUUCUCAAGGAAUUGAAUAGAAAUCCCGAUGGCAAUUAUUUAAAUGAUGUAAAUAUUAAGAAAACGUCCUUAGACUUGCCUUUGCAACAAUUAUCUGCAGAGCUUGCAAUCCCAUCAACUGCAAAUAGCAGUCCAACGCCAACGGACGAGAGUAGUCUGUUGGAUGAUGUCGCUAAGACACCGAGUAGUAGUAGUAGUUCGAAACAACAGCGUUCUCCGAAAAAGGAGAAACUUCGUUCGGAGAAGAAGAAGAAAAAAUCGAAAACAAAAAAUUCUACAGAAUCAGGAGCAGGAGAUCAGAACUCAUUUCAAGAACGUCCUGAAGCUGAUGGCGCUGCAGCAGCUAACAAUGAGAAUAACUCACCAGACAACAAUCUGGAUGAUGAUUCGUCGUCUGCUGAAUGGGCGAAACUUCGAUGCACCAGCGAACGGACGGAAGUUGUUGCUGAGAGAGAAAUACGCCGGCACAAAGGACGUUGUGCUGAUUAUCCAGGAUUGGCAUUUGGCCGGUCGAUAUUUAGCUCUGAUACAAUGAUGAAAUUUAAUAUAAUUCGCAAUGAACUGCAUAACAUCAUGAAUACACAAUUGAAACGGGCUGAAUCUGAAGUUGCUGCAUUAAAUCGUCGCAUUCAGUUGCUCGAAGAAGACUUGGAACGUUCUGAGGAACGUCUUGGAUCUGCCACAGCUAAACUUUCGGAAGCAUCACAAGCUGCUGAUGAAAGUGAACGGAUACGAAAGGCUCUUGAAAAUCGUACAAAUAUGGAAGAUGACAGAGUAGCUAUAUUGGAAGCACAAUUAUCCCAAGCAAAAUUAAUUGCCGAGGAAGCUGACAAAAAAUACGAAGAGGUUGCAAGAAAACUAGUCCUCAUGGAACAGGAUUUGGAACGUUCCGAGGAGAAAGCUGAGCUUGGCGAAAGCAAAAUCGUGGAACUUGAAGAAGAACUCCGCGUUGUGGGUAACAACUUGAAAUCCCUCGAAGUCUCAGAAGAAAAGGCCAACCAACGUGAAGAGGAAUACAAGAACCAAAUUAAGACCUUGAACACUCGUCUAAAGGAGGCUGAAGCCCGUGCUGAAUUUGCCGAACGUUCUGUUCAAAAAUUGCAGAAAGAAGUCGACAGACUCGAAGACGAUUUAAUGAACGAGCGUGAGAAAAAUAAAUUGCUGUCAGAAGAAAUGGAAGCCACUUUGCAUGAUAUUCAAAACAUGUGAACAUCCUUAGUUUAAAAAAAAAAUGUUAACAAAAACAAAAAAAACAAAAAAAAACAAAAAAUCAGACAUCCAGAAAAAAGCUACACCGAUUAGUAAAGCGCGAUGUAAAAUGGAGAAUCCUGACUAUUUUCAUUUUAAUUUUAUCUACAACAACGCCUAAAACAAAUUUUUUUUUUUUUAAGAUAUAUAACAAUAUUAUAGAUGACGAACGACUAAAUAACUAAGAGACGAUUUUAUGUAUUCGUUUAUUCAUGUAUUUAAUGUUUUGCUAGCAAGUGUGUUAUGCAUUACUUUUUUUUUUAAAUUCACUUUCGUUGUAACAUUCUGUAUUUUUUUUUAAUUAUUGUAAUAAUUUUUGUGUAUUUGUUAGUUGUUUCUUUAAAAUAUUUAUGACAUUUAUAUGACAACAAAACACAAAAAAAAACGAAGAUAUUCCAAUUUUUAUUUAAUUAUAGUAUAUCAUUCCAAUUGACUUUUAAAUUCCGCUGUGCAUUUUUUUGUAUAGAAUUAAAAAAAAAAGAUAAUCUUUUAUUUAUAUACAUCAUUUUUAUUUAAAACAAAAAAAAAAAAACGCUAUUUACAUAUUUUAUAAAAUUCGAGGUGAAAGAAUUGUGUGUUCUUUAUUUUAAUUCUUGUUUUACUUAAAAACAAUACUAUGCUUAUAACAAAAAAGAAAACAAAAAAUAACUAAAAAUAAAAAAUAUAUAUUUUUAUUUUUAAAAAAGUAUUUUAGAAAUCUUAAUUAAAAAAAAUGAAGAAAAAGAGAAAUAAUAAAAGACAUUUUUUUCUAGUAACUAAGCAUAGCAAUACUUACACGAAAAUGUUUUAAUUUUUUUAUAUCAUGUGCUUCUUCUAUUAUAUUUUUUUUUUAAUGUAGAAUUCCACUUCUACAAAUUUAAUAAAACUAAAAAAUAUACUGCCCUCAUUAAAAACAGUUCAUUCUACGUAAACAAAUAAUUUUCAAUAUUAAAAUAACAAAAACAAAUUUCGAUCAAUAUUAUUUAAGAUGUUCUUCAUUUAUAAAGUGCCUUAGUAUUUUUUUGCAACUUAGAAAAAAAAAAAAACAUUAGGCAAACAGCGGAACUUUAAAAAAAAAAACAUAAACAAACUAUAAAAUAACUUUUCUUAAAGAGAAUUUAUUUUAAAAAGCAUAAAACAUAAAGACAUUAAAGGACAAGUUCUAUUAAAAAAAAACAAAUAUUUUGUAUUUUAUUUUGUUUGCUAACCAUUUUCAUUUCAGAUAAAAUAAUAAAACACUUAACACAUUUUUAAUUAAAAUUUAUAGUAAUUAAUAGGGGUUUUCUAUUUAAAUAUUUUACUUACACUUUUUUUUACUCUUUGUUUUAUAUUUAAAAAAAAAAUGGCUUUCUACUACCAACCUAACUGCUUAAAUACGCUGCUUUAUGUUUUAUUUGCCAACAAUCCAACAAUCCAUCAACCCAACCACCCUGCUCCACCAAAACCCUUUAAAAACAAAAACCAAAAAAAACCAAAAAC